CACUUCAAAUAUCGAACAAGACAAAUCCAAAUGAUCGUGGGAAGCGUGAAGCCUCAGAUCUUUUGCUCAAUCCAAAUCGUGGGUUUCAUCCGUUUCGUCGAUAUCUAAGUUGGUGAAGAUGGUGAGUAGAAAGGUGGACUUACGAUCCGACACGGUGACGAAACCGACUGAUUCGAUGCGAGCUGCAAUGGCGAUCGCGGAGGUUGAUGACGAUGUGUUGGGGUACGACCCGAUAGCCUUGCAGUUGGAAGAAGAGAUGGCAAAGUUGACGGGGAAAGAGGCAGCUUUAUUUGUUCCAUCAGGUACAAUGGGGAAUCUCAUAAGUGUUCUUGUACAUUGUGACAUUAGAGGGAGUGAAGUGAUUCUUGGAGACAAUUCCCAUAUCCACAUAUUGGAAAAUGGAGGCAUUGCUACCAUUGGAGGAGUUCAUCCAAGAACAGUCAAGAACAAUGAUGAUGGAACAAUAGAUAUUGAUUUGAUCGAAGCUGCCAUUAGAAAUCCUAAGGGAGAGCUGUUCUUUCCAACAACAAGGCUUAUCUGUUUGGAGAAUACUCAUGCCAAUUCUGGUGGCAAAUGCCUUCCCGUGGAAUAUAUUGAUGAAGUUGGAGAGUUAGCUAAGAAACAUGGCCUUAAACUUCACAUUGACGGAGCUCGUAUUUUCAAUGCUUCGAUUGCACUUGGUGUUUCAGUUGAUCGAUUGGUACAAACGGCUGACUCAGUAUCAGUAUGUCUAUCGAAAGGUUUGGGUGCACCUGUUGGGUCAGUUAUCGUUGGCUCCCAAAGCUUCAUUGCCAAGGCUAAAAGGGUAAGAAAAACAUUGGGAGGAGGAAUGAGGCAGAUAGGCAUCCUUUGUGCAGCUGCGCUUAUUGCUAUCAAAGACAAUGUCCCAAAACUUGCCACUGAUCAUCACAAUGCCAAGCUCCUAGCUAGUGGAUUGAACCAAAUCAACGGAGUGAAGGUGGAUCCAAAAUCAGUUGAAACAAACAUUAUAUUCUUUGAGAUGGAAGAAGAUAGCAAAAUUUCAGUGGAAACAUUGUGUAAAAGCUUGGAAGAACGUGGGAUUUUUAUGAUGCUAGACGGCAAAACAAGGGCUCGAAUGGUUCUCCACCAUCAAAUCUCGACGAGUGACGUGGAGUAUACUUUAUCUUGUUUUCAGCAAACUCUGAGUGGAAUAGCAGCGGUAGAUGGCAACUAAUCAAGAACUUAUGAAGCAAUGUUGCUGCUUAAUCCUUGUAUGCUCAAUAUAUGUAUAUGCAUGUGGGAAAUAAUGUGCCUAUUGUUGGUGUGUAGAACACUUCUAAUCCCUACAUAUCAUUCCAAUAAAUAUGGUCUCUCUUGUAAAA